AUGGUGCCAACGGCCAAAAAAGCGCCGGUAGCAAGCACGAUGGAGGUCGCGACCCCUGAGGACCUCCACACCUCCAAGGAGAAGCUCCGCGGCAUCGGCGAGGCGACCGCUCUCUUUUCAGAACCUGCUAGGGCAGAGGCCCUGUCCACCCUGGCGUCCCUCGAGGGGUCGCCAGGGCCCGCCGCGGCCCUGGCGAGGCCCGUGGGCGGCCUGCUCCUCAUCGACGCCUACGCCCUCGUCGGCCUGGCCGGCAAAUAUGCCAGCGGCGGGGGCGGCGCCGGCGAUGCGGGUCUCAUCUUUACCAGGUGGGUCGAGGCGAUGGCCGGGCACGAGUCGCUCGCGCCGACGCGGGCGCUCCCGGCGCUGGCCACGCCGGAGACCAAGGCGAACUUCGUGAAGUACAAGCGCCGGAUGACCGCGUACAAGGCGGACGUGGAGCGCGCGCUUAAGCGGCGCUCGACGGCCGUUUCUCGCCGGAAGGACCCGGCGGAGGCCGACCGCGAACUCGACCAACUCGUGCGGCAGGCGCACGUUCCUCUCCAGACCCUUUCGGACGCGGCCGACACGGGCGGCGGCGGCGGCGGCGGCGGCGGCGGCGCGUCCUCGCUCGAUGCCGAGCUCGACGUGACGGCGCAGCUGCGCGCGUUUGCCGAGGGUUUGCACCCGCGCCUCGGCGCCGACAGCGCCGUCCACCUCUUGGAGGGCUGCCGCGACGUCCUCGGCUUGAUCGCCGCCGAGGUGCGCGGCGCGCCUCCGCCGCGUGGGCGCGGCACGUCGCAGCUCCGGCAGGUGUCGCUGCUCCUCAACUAUGAGCGGCGGCGGCGGCAGCUGAGCGAGGCGCUCGCCGACGAGCGGCGUGUCGAGCUCGAGCUGGCGGCGCGCCGCCAGCAGGCCGCCGUCGACGCCGCGCUCGCCGACGAGCGGCGGCGCUCCGCCGCGGCGUACGCGAAGCUCGACGCAGCGCUGCAGGCGGAGCGGCAGGAGACUGGGCGGCUCUGCACGGAGGUGCGGCGGCUCAAGGCGGCGGCGCGCGAGGCCGAGACUGCGGCGGAGCUGCGGUGCCGCAGCCAGGAGAAGGAGGCCGCGGCGCACUUUGGCUCCAUCGCCUCAGAGGCCGAGCGGCGCGCCAAGGUCGCCGAGGCGCAGCGGGACGACGCGUGUGAGGAGGCGGCGCAGCUGCACGGCCUCUUCGCGCAGCUAGAGGACCAGCUCGACGCGCUGCGCUCGAUGCGCGUCUCGGGGCUGCUCGAGCAGCUGCAGGCGAGCACGCGGCGCAUCACCGAGCUCAGUGCGCGGCGCAAGGUGACGCAGCGCAAGCUCUCCGACGUGAACCUCGUCGAGCGCAACCUGGCGGUGUCGCAGCGGCUGCUCUCGGAGGAGCGGGCGGCCCACGCGAGCUUGUGGCGCGGAGACGCGACGGCAGAGAAGCUGGAGGCGGUGGAGGCGCAGUGCGCCAAGCUGCAGGCCGAGCUUGAGGCGGCGCAGGCCGAGGCCGCAAAGUUCAAGGCCAUCGCCGAGCCCACCAAGGCGCGCUUCAAGCUGGGCAACCACUUCAACGCCGAGACGGAGCUUGCGUGCAUCUCGGUGAUGCACCUCGGCAUCGCGCGGCAGAAGAUCCCGAAGCUGUUCCCGAUCUUCGCGCGGCUCUUGGGGGUCAAGCUGCCGUACCGCGAGAUCAAGGUCCCCGGCCCGAUCGUGGACGGCAAGCGCACCUCCGUCGUCAAGCGGCUGCCAGAGACGCCGCAGGCGACGCACUGCAAGGAGCUGGCGGGCGUCUCCUACGAGCUCAACAAGCUCCAGGUCGGCCAGUGGCUGCUGGAGUUCAUGAACUCGGAUGAGUCCUCGUGCUGCUACAUCGCCGACGGCGCCGAGGCGCAGCAGAUGGAGCGCAUCGGCACCGUCCUCUCGCGGCGCGUCAACGGCAAACUCGAGCUGCGCGCCCUCGAUUUGUCGACGGCCUCGAGCAAGACCGCCGAGGCGCAGGCGUCGGCGUACCACGAGUCGAUCGAGGAGGUCAUCAAGCUCAUGGAGGAGGCCGGCCUCGCGGAUGCGCGCGCGGCGGAGCUGCUGCGCCGCUUCCUCCCCACGUGCGCGUGCAACGACCGGGCGUCUACGGCGCGGCUCGCUGCGCGGCUGGUCCUCGGGCUGGGCGAGGGCGACGACGACCCGACCUGUGCGGAGCACGCGCUCGUCAACAUCCUCGAGGAGGGGCGCAAGGCGAUGGACGCCAUCCUGCGCGAGCUGAUGAACUUCACCGACGAGCAGGCCGCGGCGCACGCCGACAAGAUCAAGGCGAUGCGGACCUGCGUCGGCUGGUUCAGCUCGCCUGUGAGCAAGUACGUCGCGCUCUGCUCGACCAAGGGCUACGCCAUCGGCCGCAAGCUGCAGGAGUGGAUGGAGGCGCGGCUGGCAGACCUCGAGGAGCAGCUCGAGCAUCUCGUGGGGCACGUGGAGGACGUGCUCGCGAUCUGCGGCUCGCGCGCGUACGUCUUCUACCUCGACGCGGCGCCGACGGAGCGGCUGCUCACUGAGCACGACAUCUCCAUGCUGACCUACCUCGACGAGGAUGAGAUGCUCAAGGCUGCCGGCGGCGGCAAGCUGCGCAAGUCUAUCCUCACCGGCGCGCGCUCGCCGCCCUGCAUGGCGGGGGUGCGCGCCAUGGCGCUGAUCUGCGACGCGGUGUUUUGGCCGCUGAUCCGCGCGGUCAAGCCAGCCGCGGACAAGCACGUCCUCGACGUGCUCCCGCGCGUGUGGCCGGCGGCGCACGCGUUUUUUGAGGCGGCCGCCGCGUCGCCCGCGGGCAUCGUCGACGGCUCGCUCAAGCUGCAGCUCGGCGACGUUUCGGCGGCCGCCACCGCCGCUACCGCGCCAACUCCAACGCAGGCGCGCCGCGCCGAGCGCCAUCGCCUCGAUAUGGUGCGCAUUCGCGCCGCAGCGGCCGACGACCCGAUGGUGACGCGCUUGCUGACGGCGGCAUUCGGCGCGAUGUCCCGGGCGGUCUGCAACCACGCUGCGGAGUGGAUGCCGGCGGGCCUCGUCGCCACGAACGGCUCGAUCACCAAGACCGGCAAGCUGUGCUCGGCGAACAUCACCCCGGCGCUGCGCGCAAAGUACGACGCGCUGCAGGCGACGAGCACGCCGGUUGAGCGGCUGCACGCCGUCGGCCGCGUCAGCGACGACCGGCACAAGCGGCAGCGCAAUGAGUCGCGCGCCGGCGACUCGCUCGGGCGCUUUAACAACCAAGCCGGCUGGCUGACGGGCGAGAUCGAUGAGCGCGGCGGGCUCAAGGUCGCCGAGACCAUGCUUGCGGCGUGCCGAAAGGCGGCGGGGCGGGCGAGACGCGUUACGCUCAAGGCGCAGCUGGUCGCGGCGGGCCGCGCAAAGCGCGCCGAGCGCGACGAGAAGCUGGGCAGCAAGAAGGCGCGCAAGGCGGCCAAGGCGGCCGAGAACGCGCGCAUCGCGCAGCUGCCGCUCGACCAGCUCAAGGCCUUCAAGCUGGCGGGGAAGACGGGCUUCACUGUCACGCAGGCGAACCGCGCGGACUAUUGCACGCAGCUGCAGAACCUCCUCUUCGCCGCGCAUGGCGUCGAGGCGAACGACCUCGAGGACGGCGACUCGGGGUGCGACGGCGACGGCGUGGUGCGGAAGGUGCGGCAGCGGCGCGUGGCGGGCGAAGAGGGCGGCGGCGGCGGCGGCGGCGGCGGCGGCGGGAAGAAGAAGAAGAGGAAGAGGGUCGAUCUGCGUGAGCUCAACGGCUGGCAGUGGGAGGCGAGUGAGAAGUUUGACAUCGAGCGCAUUCUCGACAGCAAGGUGGAGACGGUCGGCAAGGUGCUUGCGCCCUCACACUCGCACCUGCCCUUGCUUAUUGCCACUCCAUCGCUCACGUGCCCGACCACCUCUCUUCUCGCCUCACAGGGCAAGAAGCGGGUCGAGAUGACGUACUACUUGAUCCUCUGGAAGGGGUACCCGCCGGACGUGUCGACGUGGGAGCCAGAGUCAGAGAUACACGACGACUUGAUCGACGCGUACGAGGCGGAGCUCGAUGCGGCGUCUGAGCUGGAGGCGGAGGAGGCGGAGGAGGGCGAGGAGGGCGAGGAGGAGUGA